GCAGCUACUGCCGUGGUUUACAACGUUUACGACACUGUGGUCUGUCUGUGUCCCAGUGUGUACGCGCUGUACGCCACUGUACGCGUGGUACGACGUCCGUGGACGAUGAUACAUCAUCGUUUCCAUUGGUGAUUACUCUGAGUAGCUCUCCGAUCGAGAAACAAGAAUAACAAUAAAUAAGAAGAGGAGAGUGUGCUGUGUGAUGGACAUUAAGCUGCAGAGUGCGAUAGAUACGCGAUACCGACACAUAUUUAGUUGACUAUUCGGCCGCGCGCACCUUCUUGUUUCGCGAGAUAAAUAAAAUUGUUCAACCCUCUCGCGGGGGCAUUGCGGUUCGAAACUCUUGAUGUAAUUGAGUGAAUUUAAGAAGAAUUUUCUACAAGUUGGUGGGAUUAAUUAAAAUCGUACGAUCGUUCCUUUUCCCGUACUUUCAUCAUCUCGAUCACCAUCCUCCGUCUCCCCCUUCCUUUUUCCCAAUCGUUUUCCCGUUUUCCCUAAACCCGGCGGCUCGCCAUAACGAAACGAGUGAGACGACUCGCGGUGACGACGAUCCCCUCCUUUUUUCUUUUUGCUCACGGCUCGCGUCUGUCCUAUUCCAUCGUUGGCUUUUCGCUUCAUGAAUGUCGUGCAUUUGGCGCGUAGUGGGGGAAAACAAGCCGUGUCGCCGUUUGCUGUCGUUCGCCUCGUCCUCGUCCUCGUCCUCGUCGUCCUUCCUUACCACCUAAUACAUAUAUCGUACUCGUCGCCCAAAAGACAUUUCAUACAUGUGGGAUUAUGUCGAGCUUAAAGAUCGAAGAAUUUCAUUCGGGGCAAUACUACACCGGGCAAUAAUAAAGAAACGAUUGGCGCACCAUUGACAAGCGCUCGUAAUGUACUUUCCGGGCUGGUCCUUCAGAAGCAUGGAUCCUGAUGCGAGCGUUGGUAAAGCAGCUGUGGUUCAGUAAAACAAAAGCGUUGAUAAGAGUGCGGAGACAAACACAGGCAGAGAGUUUGAUCUUAAAGUGGAUAUUAGGAGAGAGACUAACGAGAGCAAAGGAAUAAUAAAAUAUUAUUGAUAAAAGUGGAUAAAAGCUAAAGAAUGAAUGCCCGCUUCGAUCACGAUCACGCCGACGACACGACACAAGCAGUUUUGCAGAUUCGCUCGAGUAGAACGUGAGCGGCGACGAAAAAAAUCGCGCCAAUCUCAGACGUAUAUACACCUCUGUAUUUGCACAUGGCAGCCAUGAAGCAUGGAAAGACAAGCCAGGACGACGUAUGUUACGUUGUCGCCAAGUACGAUUACGGAGCGCAGGGGGCGCAAGAGUUGGAUCUUCGUAAAAACGAGCGUUAUCUCUUGCUGGACGAUUCGAAGCACUGGUGGAGGGUGCAGAGCGCCCGAGGACAGGCGGGCUACGUGCCGAGUAACUACGUCAAGAAGGAAAAGCCCUCGCUCUUCGACAGCAUUAAGAAAAAAGUUAAAAAAGGUUCUGGCUCGAAGACCUUACCCUCGGGUAAUUCACCCUCGCGAGCGGUCGAAUCACCGAUAAUGGCAAGGCGAUUGCCGGCGGAUCCGAGCGAGGCGAUAGGAACCGCGGUCGUCAAGUACAAUUAUCAGGCUCAACAGGCCGACGAAUUGUCUCUGGUCAAGGGAACGCGGAUUCUCAUACUCGAAAAGAGCAACGAUGGCUGGUGGCGAGGACAGAGCGGUACGCAGGCUGGUUGGUUCCCUUCGAAUUAUACACAGGAGGAGGGCGACGCCGACGAUACUCUCCACACGUACGCCAUGGCCGAGAACGUUCUCGACAUCGUUGUCGCUUUGUAUUCCUUCUCCUCGAACAACGAUCAAGAAUUGUCCUUUGAAAAAGGCGAUCGUUUGGAGAUACUCGACCGUCCACCCGCCGAUCCGGAAUGGUACAAGGCGCGAAAUGGCCAGGGUCAGAUCGGCCUCGUGCCCCGUAACUAUCUCCAAGAGUUGAGCGAAUACCUGACCCAGCCCUACCGGGAGCGCGGCGGAGGCGGAAGCGCCGGUGGGAUCGGACUUGGAGUCGGGGUCGUCGGGGGUGGCAUGACGAGCAGCGAGAUCGGGACGGGAGAUUCUCUGGAACGAAGGCCCGAUCCCGGCGAUCGGCCUCACCUCGUCGGUAAGCCCUGGUACUACGGAAGCAUCACGCGCUCUCAGUGCGACACCCUUUUGAAUCAGCAUGGCCAUGACGGAGAUUUUCUCAUUAGAGACAGCGAGACUAACAUGGGAGAUUACUCGGUCUCGUUGAAAGCACCAGGACGGAACAAGCAUUUUAGAGUUCACGUCGAGGGUGCAUUGUAUUGCAUCGGUCAGAGGAAGUUCCACACCCUCGAUCAACUGGUCGAUCACUAUCAACGUGCUCCCAUUUACACCAACAAACAGGGCGAAAAGCUCUAUUUGGUGCGUCCGUUGCCCAAGGGUAACCAAAGCAGCAACGGCUGCUAAAUCUCGAUGCCGGCCAAUUUCGUGACCGCGGGGAGGUUCACAAGACGAGAAAAGGAGCUCCUCUCUCGAGCGCUUUAGAUACGUCCUCCCCUUGCUGCGUCCCACUCCCCCUCAACUCUUUUCCCAUCCGGCGAUACACCGCCGAUUGCCUAGUAAUAUCACAAUAUCAUCUCUCGUACCUUUAUACAUAACAAUUAACACACGGAUUCGUGAAACUCGUAUAUUAUUAUACUCUUUCAAUUAUUUCCCCAUUUUUACCGCUAUUUAAUUUAUUACUCCGCGAGUUACUUCGCGAUUAACCCGCUCGAGAGCUUCCGUGUCCCCGGAUUCGUUCUAUACCGAAUCGCGGGCGGUAUGACGUGUGAAAUAUUGCGCGAAAGGGAGCGAGAUACGCCUUGAACAAACAGCAGCAGCAGCAGCAGCAUAGGACUUCGAAUUAGAGGUGGAAAAAUAAGGGAGGAGAAAAUAAAAAAAAUGAAAAAAAAAAAAAAAAGUAAUAACGGCAGCUACGUGACAGCCAUUCUAAUUGACACACGAGGGCUUAUCUCUUUUUUUUAUAUCGAUGUAAUUGUACUACGGUGACACGACUGAUCAUGUUAUUACAAUUUUAUACUAUAUAUAUAUACACAUAUAUAUAGACAACACAUAUUUUAGCCUGCAAUUAUAUAACAAUCGAAUAAUGAUGAUUAUUAUUAACGCAAGUACCGGCAGAAUGAAAGAAAAGCAACAACUAAAAUAACAAACAACCCUUACGACGGGUCACGUGGAUCCCAAACGGUAAUAAGUUGAAAAACAACAAAGACUAUGAGUGUUCAUUUGUGAUUUUGUAUUUAUUAGAACGAUUUUUAAGUAAAUAAACCGUAUUUAAGUGUGUAAA